UAACGUGUGAAUAAUAUUUCGCGGGAGAGUUCUUAUUAGAGUUAGGCUGUCUUCUGCCAGUACGGACGAUAACUGUUAUUAAAUCUAUAACGCAAUGAGUCUGUGGGUGGAUAAAUAUCGACCGACUUCCCUCGGGAAACUCGACUAUCAUAAAGAGCAAGAGGUUCAGCUGAAAAACCUGGUCCAGGGUGGAGACUUCCCACACUUGUUGGUGUACGGUCCGCCAGGUGCAGGGAAAAAGACUCGCAUCAUGUGCCUGCUGAGGGAGCUAUAUGGAGCUGGGGUGGAGAAGCUUCGCAUGGAGCACCACACCGUGGUGGCUCCUUCAAAGAAGAAAAUUGAGAUCAACACAAUAGCCAGCAACUAUCACUUGGAAGUCAACCCAAGUGAUGCAGGAAACCAGGACCGUGUGGUGAUUCAAGAGCUGAUUAAAACGGUGGCUCAGUCUCAGCAGAUCCAGUCGAGCACCCAGAAAGAGUUCAAAGUGGUGUUGCUAACAGAGGUAGACAGACUCACAAAGGAUGCCCAGCAUGCUUUGCGACGGACGAUGGAAAAGUACAUGGCCACCUGUCGCCUUAUCCUCUGCUCUACUGCAACCUCCAAAGUCAUUGGGCCGAUUCAGAGCCGUUGUUUGGCUAUCAGAGUUCCCCUGCCAAGCACAGAAGAGGUCUGUAAUAUUCUGACAUCAGUCUGUAAAAAGGAAGGUUUGGUCCUCCCUCCUGAGCUGGCUAAGAAGAUUAGUGAGAAGUCUGGUCGCAAUCUCCGCAAAGCCCUUUUGAUGUGUGAGGCCAGCAGAGUGCAGCAGUAUCCAUUCUCAGUAGACCAAGAGGUCCCAGAGACAGACUGGGAGGUGUACCUCAGAGAAACAGCUAAUGUCAUCGUCAGCCAGCAGAGCCCUCAGAAGUUGUUGGAGGUUCGAGCCAGGCUGUAUGAGCUGCUGACUCACUGCAUCCCUCCUGAGAUAAUUAUGAAGGGACUGGUAACAGAGCUAUUGAGUAACUGCGAUGGCCACCUGAAGACAGAGGUGGCCCACAUGGCAGCUUACUAUGAACACAGACUGCAGCUGGGCAGCAAAGCCAUCUACCACCUAGAAGCCUUCACUGCCAAAUUCAUGGCUGUUUACAAGAAGUUCAUGGAAGAUGGUCUGGAUGCCAUGAUGUUCUGACUCUGAAGGGACUAAUACUGAUUAUUUUCUUGAUAGAAGUUCAGCAGCCCUCAUUUAUUUCCUGAUAUCUCUUUUUCUCCCAGCAAGACUCUUACUGGAUCUGAUACGGGCAUGUGUGCUCUGUCAGGACUGGUGGUGGUGACACUACUCACCUAGGCGAAUCUUGACAAGUCUUACAGUUUGUGAAUUUAUGCCCAAAACCUCAGCAAUGUACACAGUUUGCAAACCUUAAACUGUUGCUUUAGUGGUUGAAAAUACGCAAUCCAAAUGGCAGUUUUGACAGCAACAACAGAAAACAGUUAUGUAUAAAACACUGCAAGGACAAGCAAUGUUUUCUAAAAAUCUGCAUCAGAAGGUUACAAUAAAUUGCUUUGUUUACAAAA